CCAGCUAUUGUAAUUGCCUUUGUGCUCAUUAUAAAUAAGGACUUCUAUGGCAAUGGGUCACUCUCUGAGAUCCAUCCUUACAGCAAUUUGGUUCUUUAUCUUUGUGUUUCACUGCCUAAUGAAGGAUGAAGUAGUGAAGCAGUGCCGAGUAUACUUCUGCUGGGGAAGAUUUUGUCUGAGUGGUUAUUCUGGCUGGAGUGGGUCAGGUGCAACUGCUGGAUCUACACCAAAGCAUUUAAACCACAAAUCACCAUCCCAGGCUUUGCAGAGUCUACAUUCUAAUGGAACGAGUUCAACUUUCAAUGCAGAUUUUCUUCCCAGGACUUCUUCAGAUACAAAUUUUAAGAUUGCUGAAGUCCAUUGAAACUCUGGUGCUGUAUCUCCAGAAGAUGAGACCAACCACCCUUUUUCACAAAGAAAAUUCAUGGAUACAUGGAUCCACAGAAAGUAGGAUUUUUACACUGAUACCGAAUUUGUUUUCCUCUGCUUUUCUAACGAUGGUUCCUUUUGAGACUUGUAGAAACAAACAUAGUUCUAAAGAAUAGCUUCUAAUGUACAGUUAUCACUCUGGACACAAUUAUAGUGCUAAAACAUCCCAUGACUCAACUUUAGGCUUUAUUAGGAGUAGCAGUACUGACCAUAAAAGGAUUUGAUUCCACUGUGUUUUCCAGAUUAGUCCUCAUGUUAAACAGAGACUGAAAACACUCCUUGUCCUGAGCCCCAUUCCUAGUUCAUCCUCCUUUUUUUUUCCCUUUCCAGUGUCCUGAUAGCCGUCUGUUUCCAUCUUCAUCUGAUACUUAUCUCAGAAUCUAAUACCCAUAAUAUUGAGUUACAAGCAGUAUUUUUGAGGCUGUUGGCUGACUGUCUCAGGCGUGGAUAUCUAGGGUCCUCAAUCAGUAUCUUUCCUUUUCUGAAAUGGACCUUGACCAACAUGAAGACACUCGACUCAGAUUUCCAAGAUGUUCCUCUCAGUUGUAUGUUUUCAUUUUCAGACAUGCUGUCACUGGUGACGAACUUAGAUUCCUAAAGAGAUGGAGAUGCAUGUCUAAAUGUUUGAAAAUGUUGCUUAGUACCUUCAAAUGGAAUGUGGAAACAAUAGAAAACUGAAAUUCCCACCUUCAAGGGGUAUCCAUAUGUAUGAUAUGCAUAGGUUGCAGAUUAUCUCUCCUGAAAAAAACUUCUAAACUAAACCCAAAUAGAACAAUAGCAGACAAAACCCUGCUAUCACGGCAGCUGGAAAUAAGGAAGUUUUCCCAUCAGUGUUGCUUUCCUGUGAAUACAGCAGGAUGUAAACUCCAUUUUAUGACAUCACAAGAGAGACUUAACUUUCCUCACCUGCUGAGGAGGAGUUUUCUUUCAGCAAAUGUGUUCAACUUGGUAACUUGCCUGCUCAACCGAAUCCUAGUUUUCAUUUUGAAUGCCCUUCUCUGUAUCAUUCAAGUGAAGACUUUUAAAUGACUGUUAAUAUAGUGGAAGACUAGCCUGUACCUAUGACAGAGGAGAAAAAUAAUAUAAUGAAGUGAUGUCUUAGAACUGGUACGUACAAUACAAAAUACAAAAGGUUCUUUCAGUCACCCACACAGCAAUUAGUGCAAAAAAUAUGAAUAUUCCAAUGUACAGUACCCAUAGCCAACCUACUUGAAAUCAGACAGAUCACCUUCAGUUCCUUGGCUCUAUGGGAGAAAUCUUGGCAUUAAAAACAUGCAAACAAGUUCCACCUUGUACCCUUGUGUUUCUAAUUUGAAAUUGCUUUCAAGGGGAAUGAAAUUCAAUAAAAAAGGCAGUUCA